ACUUUUAGGUAAAAAUACAGCUAAAACACGGACGUCUUAAAGCUCAUAAAUACGACUUCCGGGGGACGGGGGGAAUUUUUACCUCUUUCUACAAAGUUCCGUUUCGAGCAUUUUCUAUGUUCGGAGAAUAAACGCAGGAGCACCGCCAGAGGUUUCUAGAAACUGCAGCGUGCAUCCACCGGCAGACUGACAGUGAGACCUCCUGCUCAAGGCUACAAUCAACGCUCGAAAUUAUAACAAAAUUAUUAUUUAUUUGCACACAUGGCGAAGUGGGGAGAAGGGGACCCUCGUUGGAUCGUGGAAGAGAGAGCUGAUGCGACAAAUGUCAACAAUUGGCACUGGACUGAGAGAGAUGCAACAAACUGGUCUUCAGAUAAACUGACAUCUCUGUUGCUUGGGCUGAGCGUGGAGGAUGAAGAGGGAACGUGUGAAGUGACAGAAGUCAGCAAGUUGGACGGAGAGGCCUCGAUUAACAACCGCAAGGGAAAACUUAUUUUCUUUUACGAAUGGAACCUUAAAGCAACCUGGACUGGGAAGUCAAAAACCGGAGUAAAAUACAAAGGUUCAAUCGAUGUUCCAAACUUGUCUGAUGAGAAUGACAUGGAGGAUCUUGAUAUUUCCGUUGCGUUGAACAAAGAUGAAUCUGACACACCCCUGGUCAACCUGAUGAAGACUAAAGGAGCUGAGAAAAUCCGCGAGGCACUAGGGAGUUAUGUUGAGUUUUUAAAAUCAGAAUUCACACAAGGGAUGAUCCUGCCUACCGCUAAUGGUGUAGCCAAGCCUCAGUCAGCUUCUCAGUCCAAAGCCAAGCUGGAUAAAACUCAGGUUUCCUCAGGAAGCACCACAGCAGCUCCUGUCAACACGGGUGUAAAAAUCCCCACCUGUAAAUUCACCAUCAAAGAUACAUUUCUCACCUCACCAACUGAACUCUACAGAGUCUUUCUCAACCAGGAGAUGGUUCAGGCGUUCACACGCAGUCCUGCCACAGUGGAGGGAGAGAGGGGUGGAAGGUUUCGCCUGCUAGAAGGAAAUGUCUUUGGAGAAUUCACAGAGCUGGUACCAGACGAGAAAAUAGUUAUGAAGUGGAGGUUUAACAACUGGCCCUGUGAACAUUACGCAACCAUCACCCUGAUGUUCUUGGACCGGAGCAGUGAGACGGAGCUGAAAGUGGAGUGUAGAGGCGUCCCCAACAGUGAAGAGGAACAGACAAAAGGCGGCUGGAAGAGAUACUACUUUGAGGCUAUUAAACAGACUUUUGGUUAUGGAGCGCGACUUUUCUGAAGAUGCUGUACUUUAAUAACUUGUUCUCCUUUUUGAAAAUCUGUUGGAAGUUUUUUUUUCUCUGGCACAGAACAGUUUUACACUCGUAGGACGAGUUAAACAUGACUCUGUCACUGUAUGUGUAAAUCUCUUAAUUCCUGGAAAUAUUUAAUUCUUGAAAUUUCUCCGUCAGUGUUUGGCUCGGUUCUUCAAAAGAGCGUAAAUGGACUGCCUUUUAGGGCUGGAUGAAAAUGUACUGGAUAAAGCAGAAUAGUGAACCACUAAGAAUUGGCACCGACUUCAAUUACAAAGAAGCCAAAACACUUUAAAACCGAGUGCUUAAUUUUGUACUUAUUUUAUCUAUUUUGACUCAUUGUAGUAAAGAUGAUUUCAACUAAGAUGCAUGUCUCAUGUAAAAAUGUUAGGGGGGAAGGAUUUGGAGCUCAGAUGCUCUGUAUUAUGGCCUCAUUUACAUUACAGUACCAGCAUCAGACAGACUUGAAGCUGGAACAUUAAAGCAAAUAUUUGUCAGUGUCAGUUUUUUUCUAUGCUGGUAGGAACUGCAGUUGUUUUGCUAUACAUGGCAACAAAAUGUAAAUAUGCAGUAAAAUACUCUAAGAACAGAA